CAAAUGGGAGUGGUGAGUACCUCUUCGGCUCCCUCCUGCCUCUCCUCCUCCUCACCGUUGCCACCGUGUGGCCAGAAGCUAUUCCGGUUGGAGUUGGCGUGAAGGUUGAUCAGGGCGAGAAAGUGCCCGCUGCCUGUGUGAACCUCAGUCAGGGCGAGAAGGUGCCCGUCUGUGCCACGGUCAAUCAAACAAUAUCGCCUACAGCCGAAAGUCCCCUGCCUGCACCCCCGGCCAAGAUCCUGUCCCUAUCUGCUACCCCCUACUGAUCUUCCAGCCUGUUAGCUGUCAGUCUGUCACAGCCACAUGAGCCCUAUCACAAGUUUGCAAUUGAGACAAUUCACAAAAAAAAGUUUGCAAUUGAGACUCUGAUUUAAGUUAAGAGGUGCAAUCAGAAAUCAUAACAUAAAGGAACAAAUGCUAGUGGUGAGUACCUCUUCGGCUGUCCGCCUCUUGCCUCUCCUCGUCCUCCUGCCGGCCGCCACCAUUGCGGCCAGUACAUCCAUCGAUUCGGGUGUCGUUGGUGGCAGGAUUAAUCAAACAACAGCGCCUAUAGCUGAAGGCCCCUUGUUUGCACCCCCGUACAAGCUAACACCUACGCCCCCAAGACAUCCGCCUGCACCCCCGGCCAAGGUAACACCUACGAUGCCGAGUGCUCUGCCUGCAGCUAUUGGGACAACAAGCAUGAAAGUGAAAUCCUCCUCUGUAAGAAGAGUUGUUGCAAUUUUAGCUCCUGUGGGCGGCUUCAUUUUGCUUAGCAUCUUGUUCCUCGGCACCUAUUUUAUACGUAAACGAAGAACACAACAACAAUAUGAGAUGGAGAUGGAGGAAGAGUUUGGGGAGCUACAAGGAACACCAAUGAGGUUCACAUUUCAGCAGCUAAAAGCAGCAACCGAGCAAUUCGCAGACAAGCUCGGGGAAGGAGGAUUUGGGUCUGUUUUCAAGGGUCAAUUUGGUGAUGAAAGGAUUGCAGUAAAAUGUUUGGAUCGAGCGGGUCAGGGCAAAAAAGAAUUUUCUGCAGAGGUUCAAACAAUUGGCAGCAUUCAUCAUAUUAAUUUGGUCAGAUUGAUUGGUUUUUGUGCAGAGAAAUCGCAUAGGCUCUUGGUAUAUGAGUACAUGCCAAAAGGAUCCUUGGAUAGAUGGAUCUAUCAUCAACAUGACAAUGAUUCACCUCCCCUGAAUUGGAGCACGCGGUGCAAGAUUAUCACUCACAUAGCUAAGGGUCUCACUUAUCUUCAUGAGGAGUGCAUGAAAAAGAUUGCCCAUUUGGAUGUCAAACCACAAAACAUCCUCUUAGAUGAUAACUUCAAUGCUAAACUUUCUGAUUUUGGACUAUGCAAGCUCAUUGACAGGGAUAUGAGUCAAGUGUUUACCAGAAUGAGGGGCACACCUGGAUAUUUAGCUCCCGAAUGGUUGACAUCACAGAUCACGGAAAAGGCCGAUGUCUAUAGCUUUGGUGUUGUGGUCAUGGAAGUCAUUAGCGGAAGAAAGAACCUCGACAAUUCUAGAUCCGAAGAGAGCAUCCAUCUCAUCACCCAAUUGGAGGAAAAGAUUGAUUGCAAAAGAAGGCCUAAAAUGUCCGAGGUAGUCAAGGUCUUGGAAGGUGCCAUGAAUGCAGAGAGCAACAUUGAUCAUAACUUUGUUGCAACAAAUCAAGUGUAUUUCGGCGCUGCUGGAAAUGUGGUCUCGUCGGUUCCACCUCUAGCUUCACAUGUAUCAGGCCCCAGGUGAAAUGAGAAAAUCUUGACAAGAUAGACAAUUAGAUUACAAUCAGGACAUGCGAUGUUCUUAUGUAAAGCAAAUGACAAGUCUGUUGUAUCUCCUUAAAUUAUUAUAAUCUGAAGCCCCUUGUAUUGAGUUAAUUUUA